CACAGCAGCUGCACUAGACUCUCUGGAAGGAGUGCACAGGGCCAAAACUCUGACCAUGACCUGGGACGGGCUACCCACGCAGCCGCUGCUGCUGUUGCUAUUGCUGUUGUUCGCUGCGGGCUCAGGGUCCGCUUUAGCGGGGUGCCCCGGCUGCGGGCCAGGGGUACAGACUGGCUGUCGCGGGGGCUGCGUGGGGGAGAAAGACGCGGGAUCGCCUGCAGAAGGCUGUACAGAAGCCGGAGGCUGUCUCAGGAGAGAGGGGCAACCGUGCGGGGUCUACAUUCCUAAGUGUGCCCCAGGUCUGCAGUGCAAACUCCGAGAGAAUGAAGAGACACCUUUGCAGGCACUGCUGAUGGGCCAGGGCCGCUGUCAACGCGCCAGAGGGCCGUCGGAGGAGACUACAAAGGAGAGCAAACCCCAUGGAGGUGCCUCCCGCCCACGUGACACAAGCCACAGAGACCGGCAGAAGAAUCCGAGGACCUCUGCGGCCCCUAUAAGGCCCAAUCCAGUUCAAGAUAGUGAGAUGGGCCCCUGCCGCAGACACUUGGAUUCAGUACUGCAGCAGCUCCAGACUGAGGUAUUCCGAGAGGGAGCACGCGGGCUCUAUGUGCCAAACUGUGACCUCAGGGGCUUCUACCAAAAGCAUCAGUGUCGUUCCUCGCAGGGGAAUCGCCGUGGUCCCUGUUGGUGUGUGGAUCCGAUGGGACAGCCUUUGCCAGUGUCUCCAGAUGGCCAAGGAAACUCUCAGUGCUCUGCCCGGGGCAGUGGGUGAAGCCCAGUGGACGCCUCCAGGACACCGGCAGGAGCACAGGGCUGUCCUCUGAGCUUUAUGUGAAGUGAUGAAUAUCUGUGCUCCAAGACCCACCUUCAGGUCCCGCCCCAUAGUCCUGUCAGCCUUGGGUCUUUACACAGCUAGUUAGAAAGAUGGUUGUUCAUUAUCCUGGUGUACUCAGUGCUGUGUGCGUUAUUGUUCUUUGUUGCUGUUUUAUGCCUUUGUAUUCAUAUUAGCAACAUAUGAAAAUCUGUAAAGAAAAAAAAACCCAUAUGAUCUUAAAAAACAAAACACUCCCUCCCCUUCUGUAGCAGGAAACAAAUUGCUUGUUCUUGAGAAGUUUCCCAUCUUCCACUCUUGAGAAGAAUUUAGUAGAAGCAGGUAUACUUGUAUCAUUUUGAUGUUUUGUUACUGUUUCCAAACAAUGUACUUUGAAUCAGAAUCACUCCUUACCGUUUCAUAUACUUCCGAUGCUCUUCAUCACAUUAGUGAUCAGAAAUGAGGUGUAACGCCCCAGCCCCUGCCCGCAAGAGCUAAGUAGGAUCUUACUGUAAGUUGAAGGGGGUUCUGUCCUAACUCAUGGAUGGUGAAGGAUGAACUGUUGUUGGGUCUGAUUGACUGUUGAUGGAUUGUGGUGUGCUGUAUCCAGAGACUAUUGAAUGCAACUUACAAUGCUUAAUAAAAAUCUUUAUUCUUUUAGUAUAAAAAAAAAAAA